AUGACGUAUGAUUCGUUUCUAGUACCAUUUAGGAAAUUAAGACUGCCAAAGAUCAAGCGUGAGAAAAGUGCGACCAAGGAAGCCAUUUCCAUUCUUGAAGAGUACAUUGGUCAUGCAAAGUGCCAUGUUUCCGAACAAGUGGAACCAUGUGAUGUGGAAAAUGCAAAGAAAAGAAAAUUUUGCUCAUUGGCAUCAGAAAAUUUAGAAGCAGCAGUAACGGGUGGGAAUAGUAUUAGUGUUGCAGAAUCAACUGGAAGCAUUGGAGAGUCAAGUUCACCUCAGUCCAAGAUGAGUGAAAAUGUUGACCGGGCUUCAAAUCUCUCACUGGUUAAGCUAUCAAGAAGUGGUUUGCUCUUCUUUAAAUUCCCUUGUGGAGGCCUUCAUGUUGUUGAUAUGCUUACAGAAAUAUUUCAUUCUCUCAGUUCUGGGAAACUCAAAUCUCCACAAUGGUGUCACCGCAUAUUUCCUGUUCAAGAAACUUGUGUUCUAUCAGAAAAAGACCUACAUGCCACUGUGUCAAAGUUAUUCCUUGACUUCUUGAGGAGCAAGAAUAACCAGGAUGAGCCUAUAAAGUUUGCAGUUGCAUAUAAUAGAAGGGGCAUCGAUGAGACAGAGACGAAGGCACAGAAGAACAGUAAUGAAGGUUCAAAUCAGCAGGCUUUGAUGGACAGGGAGCAAUGCUUCAAAGUCGUUGCUGCUGCUGUCAAAUCCAUUGCUGAGAACUCAGUGGUUGAUCUUAAAUCUCCUGAGGUAAACUUGCCCGACAAUUUUCAACACCUUGCAUAGUUACUGGUCUGCUGGUUGGAGGACUCAGGGCAUCAUCAUGUAAAGAUUCCAAAAUGGAAAACAACAAGGUUUUGAAUGCUGACCAGUGAAUCUAAGGUCUUUUUUCCAUUCUAUCAUGAUGAAAACUGCUAUAAGUUUGGUCAGGUGUUGACAUCUGACAUGCUGCAACUGCAGCACGUUUACUUUCUUGUGCAGGGCAUAUGUCAGAGUCAGAAGACCGUUUCUAAUUUCACUAGUAGCUACUAAUCUAACUGCUCAUCAUUGAAGUUACCAAACUGAAGAAUUUCCACAAAUUUUUAUUAUCUAUAAAAUAUGAACUUCUAUUCCUCUAUACUUCGAAACAUUUUACUUAAACUUCAUAUGUGAGGUAUACAGUAUAUGAGAGCUAGAUUGUAAGAUUUAGUUUGUAAAUAUAUUGGGAAACUGGGACUUAGAGAGAAUUUAUGGGCUACUUCAAGUUUAAUCAAUUUCUUCUGCACUAUUUCUCAUUAAUUUGUCUAGCUUUAUGGUUCGCUAAAGUGAAUGACAUGUUCCUAAUG